AACGGACGAUAAAACGAAGAGGUAUAGUUUACCAAGAAUCCUCUCUCCGAGAUAAACAUGUUUCCGAAGAACGAAAAUUACGAGCAAUUACUGUUCAAUGUUCGCCAAUUUAUUUUUCCCCAUUGAACGGGAGGCUCUCGCGUGAUAGUGAAAUGUGUUAUGUUCAGGCGAAUGAACAUUCUUUUAGGAAGGUCUUGGAAUCUGUUAUGUCUCUCCUAUUGUACGUGCAAACGUGCAUCCUUGUCUUUAUCUACGAAUACUCGUUUAACAUACGGAUCAACGUGUUUAUAAACCAGUUGCGCGCGUGUACGUUCGUUUUAUGCAUUCUUUGCGUGGGUUCAACCGGUGUCCACCGCGUUCUAGCAUACUCGAGCGUAAUACAGUAUUAAUAACACUUUGACGUCCUCGAGUUUUAUGAAAUCUACGACCUUUGUAACUACAUAUGUACACGUGUUUUUAUAUAUAAACGGAGGACUAUCAGAUACAAUUACAUUAAUCUACGCCAUACGAAUGGCUAAUUAACCGACUUUGAAAAAAGGAAGGGUAUAUUUUUUUUUUUUUUCAAAUUAGAAUUGAUAAUUAUUAUUGUAUAUUUAACGGAGAUAACAAGAGGUUCCUAGAUUUACCAAAGGAUCUCUUUUAUCGUCUGGCUAAAAUGUUCUUCGCUUUGAGAAAACAUAGCGGUAUUGACGUAGUUCGAUUAUCAUCCGAACAAAAACUUGGUUCAUAAACACUCCCGUAAAUUCUGUUAUUCCUUUCGCUUGGAACGUGGAAGAGGAAUUCCGAAAUUAAAGAAACAGAUUGGCAAGGUUCACGACAGAAACAACCACCUUUAUGAUUUGAAUAUUUCAUCUUAAAUCCAAAGGAAUAGGAAUGAAAUAUAAUCUAAAAGCUCAUCUCAUUUUUGUAAAAGAAUAAUCCAAGGCUCUUUCUAAAUCAAAGUAUCAAAGCAUCGCGUCAAAGAAUUCAUCCUUUAGUCUGAAAAGGUAAACCGACUUUUUACUUUCAAAUAUCGUUCUAUUUUUUUUUUUUUUUUCUGUUCCAUACAUUCACUGCCAAAAGUUGAACACCUCCAGUCAAGCCGGUAUUCCAAUGGCUGGUAGAAUGGUGAACAACUUUUGAAGAUUCAUAGAAUUAUCCAUUAAUAUUGUUCAUGUACUUGAUUUAUAUUUGCAUAGAGAAUGAUGGUAAUUCUAAAGACAUUCUGUAUAGCAUAGAAAGAGAGAGAGGAGGGCACAUUGUUAUUGGCAGCGCGUAGGACGCGAUUUCAUCCGCGAGAUUCGAAGCUGGCCAACUCUUUUCGACCAUUCCGUCUACUCUCUAAUGGGUGAAGAAAAUCGCGGAGUCGCGGUACGAAUCGCAAACUGGAAGGUUCGUUUCUUCCAGUCUCUCCGACGUCUCUGCUCGUAUCACCAUCGGUGAAAGAUACUUUGAAUCGUUUCUUCGUUAUUUUUCUUUCUAAUUCUUAUUGUGAACGUUUUAGUGAAAGUGGAGGAUAAGAUUUGUUGUCACGACGAAUACCUGCAGCUAAAAUAAACUGGAAUAUUCAGUGGAGUAUUUUCGUGUGGCGGUAAAAUCGAGGAGAAAUUGAUCCUCGUGUUGGAGUGAAGUUCAACCGCGUCAAGGCUAACAAUCGUGUCCAUGAGACGUGUGGGUAUUGUUACGUGUCACCAAAGAUCAUCCAAUCUAGGAGGUGAUCGUACCUUCUGAAACAGUGGAGUAUUUGUAAGAAUAACAAUGAACUGUUACUUUGCGAGUAUUAAUUUACUGAAAAGGCAAAUUUUCUGAAUAGUACAUUCAGGUACAAGGAUGACUUGCUUUGGUUAAACUAGGUUCGCCUGUUUCAUUGACUUCAACUGAAAUCACUCUUCGACGGGAACCGAAUAAUACAUAUAAACACGAGUCUGAAACACGAGUGGUGGGAGAAUUGUCCCUAACUAACAAAAGCCGUCCUUGCCCUUGGGUGUACUUAUUUGGCGAAAGUUCCUCCUUGCUGCUAAAAUCCUUCAUCCAGUUUAACAAGAUAGGCGGAGGUUUUAUUCUGAGAAUAACCAUCAGCGAUCAGUGAUUCGCUGAUUAAGUUACCGCCCAUAUAAACUUGGGUCGCGUCAAGAGCCGACUGGGAGAAAUCAUUAACAAGUGAAACGGGCCAGAUCAAAGGUAGUCACGAUUAUACCCACCGCAGACACGAUCGUAACACAUUAGGGUUGAAAUGAACAUUUUCUUUCCUAAAUCUGGGUGAUUCUUUGACGAGGAGUUAUUUUACCAGUAUUCGUGUUGGUGAGGCCUGGAAAGAAAUUGACAGCCAUAAAUAAUAAGUGAAUAAGUUUCAUUUAACAAUUAAAAAGUGUAUACCUUGAAAAUAUUCAAGCAACAGAAAUGAAGGAUCUUAAACUUAAGAAAUCUCUGCAACCAUGGAUAAGUGACGUUAACAUCUGAACCGCAAUUCUCUGUAAAAAGUAAAAGUAAAAGGGAUCUCUGAAAGAAGGGAAAUCUGAAUUGCAAAGUGGUAAACCGGUGUUGCAUCGUCGGAGAAAGGUAAAAAUUACUCGUGGAAUAAGCGAGAGGAUGGAGUCGGAAGACAAAGGUGGAAACUCUAAAUACACAGGUAGCAGAAGCAUGUCGCCAACGACGUUAGCGUCGCCUACCUUGGCGACGCCGCCGACGCUGAAUUUAAUGGAACAGAUCCUAUUGGCGAAAAUAGAGAAGCAAAAUCUGCACGAGGUCGACAACAACGAAGUGGAUAAUAAUCAUGGAGGAAGAACGAGGAAGAAUUUUCUUCUUCGUAGAACCGACUCGAUGGACAGUCAAACGAGCGGGAGCACUUACAAUUCUUUGCUGUCCAGUGAUUCAGCAUCGAGCAGCAAUUUUUAUUGCAAGUGCGAUGAUUGCUUGUUGGGGAUCGCUGAUGAUUAUCAACGUAGCCCGACUCCUGUUGGUAGAAAAAAGAAAUGCUUGGAGAACUGUUCAGGGCGCUAUAAAUAAACGUUAGAAUCUUGUCUUAAACGACAAUUUCAUUCCAAUGGUCGCCGAUAUCUCUGGAACGUUCUAAAAAGAAAAAUUAAAAAAAGAAAAA